ACGCGGUAGAAAGUAUUUUGAUCUAUUCGACAGAUCCUGUGCCAGAGAAUUGCUUAAAAAUAAAAGAGUCUUAUCUCAAUUGACAUUUGCGUAUUCUAUUCUUUCUACAAGUGAUAAGAAAUUAUAUUUGCGAUGAACAAGCAGAACGGAUCACAGAAUGGCGUGGCUCUUUAUGUGCUGCCCACAACAGCAGCAUCUUUCCAAAUCAGAAGACCUCCCGAUGAUGAUUACGAUCCCCAUUUACAUCGAAAUGUGAAGAAUCCAACCACCAACUGGCAAACAUUUGCACAUUUUCUGAAGGCUUCGAUCGGUACCGGUGUUUUGGCCAUGCCCAGUGCCUUUGCCAAUGCUGGCUAUGUUGGAGGCACGAUUCUAACGAUCAUUAUAGGUCUGUUGGCUCUCUACUGUCUACACAUUUUGAUAAAUUCGAUGUACUUGCUCUGUAAGCGGCGACGGGUGCCUUAUCUCAGUUUCUCUGAGGCCAUGAAGUUGGGUCUGCAACAGGGGCCCAGGGGGUUGCGAUUUUUAGCUCCCUUUGCUACCCCCUUUGUGGAUGGUUUCUUGGCUUUCUAUCACUUUGGAAUUUGUUGUGUUUAUGUGGUUUUCAUAGCUGAGAACAUUAAACAGCUGGUCGACGAAUAUUUGAUAGUUUUAGAUAUUCGUUUACACAUGUGUUUCCUUAUUGUGCCUUUAAUGCUAAUUUAUAGUGUACGAAAUUUAAAAUUAUUAGCGCCCUUUUCGAGCGUUGCGAACGUUUUUAUGUUCGCUGGUUUUGGCAUAAUUUUGUAUUAUGUCUUCACUGAUUUGCCGCCGCUUAGUCAGCAGGAUGCAUUUGUUUCUUAUAAAAAGUUGCCUACCUUCUUUGGCACCGUUCUAUUUGCGCUGGAGGCUGUUGGCGUGAUACUUGCCAUAGAGGAGAACAUGGCCACACCUAAGGCUUAUGUGCGGGGCUGUGGCAUCAUGAACUGGGGCAUGUCCAUUGUCCUAGCUUUGUAUGUUGUUGUGGGCUUUUUCGGCUAUUGGAGGUAUGGUGAGGAAUCGAAGGGCAGUAUUACGUUAAACAUACCUCAAACGGAAAUACCAGCUCAGGUGGUAAAAUUAUUUUUUGCAAUCACCGUUUGGAUUUCCUAUGCACUACAGGGCUAUGUGACGGCCAGCAUAGUCUGGCAUAAGUAUCUGUCUAGGCGCAUAAAUAAUAAAUCGCUGCACUUGCCCUAUGAGAUGCUCUUCAGAUUGUGCAUUGUGCUGCUCACUUUUGCCUUCGCAGUCGCCAUACCCAAUCUAUCGGUAUUUCUCUCGCUCGUUGGAUCAUUCUGCUUAUCUAUUUUGGGUCUCAUAUUCCCAGCUCUGUUGCAAAUUUGUGUGCAGUAUGCGGAUGGCUAUGGACCGUGCCAGAUAAAGCUGCUAAUCAAUUUACUGCUGCUUGUGUUUGGCGCUUGCGGCGGUCUCGUGGGCACUUAUGUGAGCAUUAGCGACAUUAUCGAUGUCUACAAAUAG